UAGUCGCGAGAGAGAUAUAGAGCGUACCGUACCGUACAGUCAGCGCUAUAUAGUGUGUUUUAUAUACGGGCAUACGGUACAUACUACACACUAUAUAGCUAUAGUGAAUAGUCGCUAUAGAAAAAGCAUCGAUGGUGUGCGCUGGCGCCCGGGUCGCGGCAUAGGCAGACCAGUCACCAGACAGACCGUGAGGAUCGUGUCAUAAUUCGCGUGCGCGCUGUGCUGUCCUAUCCGAAGGAGUGGCCCCCGUAGCUGCCUGACACAUAGGAUACGAGAGCCGAUAAUUCCCUCGUUCACCGGGGGAGAGAAAAGCGGAGCAACCCCCUUUCGGAAAAAGCGCGUCGACGUGUACUGUAUAUACAUAUAUACAUAUAUACACGCAACGUCUUGUACACCUAGAGGUUUGCACUUUCGCCAGCGAAGAGAAAGGAGAUACUAUAGAUAGUGCGAGCGCGAGCGGCCAGCAGAGUGUGUGUGGUGUGUGAUAGAGAAAGACAGACGGGGUACGGAGUCAAGUCGGAGAGGUGUUCCAGACGCCGCAGACGCACCAUGUCAUCCUCGGGGGAUUUCGGCAAUCCGCUCAGGAAGUUCAAGCUCGUCUUCCUAGGCGAGCAAAGCGUAGGGAAAACUUCGCUCAUUACGCGAUUCAUGUACGACAGCUUCGACAACACUUACCAGGCCACGAUAGGAAUAGAUUUCUUAAGCAAGACCAUGUAUCUGGAAGAUAGAACUGUGAGACUACAGCUUUGGGAUACAGCAGGACAAGAACGUUUUCGUUCCCUGAUUCCCAGUUAUAUUAGAGAUUCGACAGUUGCAGUUGUCGUCUAUGACAUCACUAAUGCGAAUUCUUUCCACCAAACAUCGAAAUGGAUCGACGAUGUGCGAACAGAAAGGGGUAGCGACGUUAUCAUCAUGCUCGUCGGUAAUAAAACAGACCUCAGCGAUAAGCGUCAAGUUUCUACCGAGGAAGGCGAACGAAAAGCUAAAGAAUUAAAUGUCAUGUUUAUUGAAACUAGUGCUAAGGCUGGAUAUAACGUUAAGCAACUAUUUAGAAGAGUAGCUGCCGCCUUACCUGGCAUGGACUCGACUGAGAAUAAGCCACCAGAAGACACUGUCGACCUGCAGAAUCAAUCGCCGAUCCAAAACGGAGGCGAGUCCGAGGGAGAGGGCGGAUGCCUCUGCUAGGGUGGUGCUGUCGCGUCACGAAUCGACUUCGAUGACUACGACGACGUCGAACAAGAGCAGCGUAUGAUAAGAAAGAAAGCAAAAUUGCAACGUGUGUAUCACCGUCUCACGAAUCGCAUGUAUGCCUAUCACACAACCACACAUGUAAUAUUCUUUUUGUGAUGAGAAGGAGAGAGGGGGGAGGGGAGAGAGAGAUUCAGAAGUUUUUUGAAAGAAGGUUUAUGACGUAAUUUGAAGUCUCAUAUUUAUUCAAGCAUUCUAUAAAUUAUUUUUGGUAAUAUGUUUUGGACGCGUCAUUUUGAAACCAUUUGAGGAAUUAUUAUAUAGAUAAUCGGCGAUUGAAAUCGCUGAAAAGACUUUUUUUAGCAGCAGAAAAACUUUAUUAAACGUUUAUUACUUAUUAUGAUAUAUUAGCUUAUUAAUAAUCAUUUUCUAUAUACAUAUUUGUAGUGCGAUCGAUUCUAUUAGUUCGUUUCAUAAUCAUAUAAUAUAUUCAUCCUUUACGACCAAUCCAAUAAGAAAAAAAUGCUCGUGAGUUACAUUUUCAUUCCUGUUUGAAAUACUUAACAUUUGUAGCUCGCAUAUCCAGGCGUGCAUGCAAAAAACGUCGGCGCAGACUUUUUCGGUAUCGUAUACUUCAAUUUUGUGUAAAAUAUCGAAAGUCGAUGGCAUUUUCGAUGUCAAGGUCAUUGUGAUAAGUUAUUAUAUGUGAUUUAUAUGCAGUUAUAUUUGUACGCAUAAACUUUGUUACCGUAGUAAACUGUAUGACUGAAUAGUGAAUGUUGCACUUAGACAAAAAAAAAAAAUUAUGAUCAAUUUGAUUCGAAUGUUACGUUUAUUUAUGACGUGAUGUGAUUCUCUAUUCUCAUUUGACGAUUAUUGCUUUUACUCUCCCUCUUCAAUUUCAUGCUGUUUGAUCCUCCUAUUAUCCAUAAAAUUUAUUUAUAUAUUAAAUUUUCUAUUGAAAUCACUUAAUUGUUUCGACGUUUCAAUUACAGUUGAUCUAAAGCUAAUGCAACGACGGGCAGCGAGAAAAAUGCUUUUUUCUAAUGACAUUUUUAUUGUCACGCGCACGAAUCAAUGACAGUGUAUAUAAUGCGAGGCAACAGAAUGUUAUCGACUUGCGAGUAUAGCCGUGUUGUUGUAAGUAAAUUUUUUGUGUGUAAAGUAAAUUUUUUUUAUAAUUUGUAACAUCGAUUACUUUCAGUAGCUUAUUCUUUUUAAUAUUUAUAAAUAAUGUCCCUUCAACUCGCGAAUUUUAUACAAAUCAAUGUUUCAAAUUCAAACUGCGCUGAGCAUGGACACAAUGCCAUCUGUAUAACUUAUACUUGAGCGCCUCUGCGAUCGAUAUGCAACGCAGCUCACACUGGGAUAAAUGAUAAUCGAUGUAGCUCUGCUACCAUAUAUUUGUCGCGAACUAGUGAGGCAGUCUGGCCACUGAUGUUAAUGCUCUCAUCGCGCGUUUGUCUUUGAUCUGUCAAGACUUCCUCAAACACAGGGAUGAAAAACUUCCCGACAAAGACGAUGAGAAAUGCUCGAGUGAUAAUAAAUUCAUGCCCACACGGUUAAAGACAUAUACGUGGUUGCACACGUGUGUGCAUGAAGUCAGCGCUGCAUGAAAGAAACAUUGCUGAUUACCCGCGCCCUCGUCUUUUUUCUUCUGGCUCGAUCCAGUCAUGCGUUAAUUAUGAAUACACGUGCGGGCGAGCUACCUCUGCGAUAUAGCUAUGCAUAUGUUUGCAUGUUGUCGUAUGCGCAGUAAUGGCAUUUGCGUGCAAUAUUAUAUAGCAGUAUAUGAACGAGUGCAGUGUGUGUAGCUAUACUACUGUGAAAUCCGACUCUCUCUCUCUCUCUCUCUCUCUCUCUCUCUCUCUCUCUCUAUUUCUCUCUUUCGUAUCGGAUUUGGAUCAACGUCGCGAUGCGAUUAGCUUAAUUUACGAAGAAAGUUAUUGUAGGUCACAAGACGACGAUUACAUAGUGUCGCCGUAAUUUUUGGAAAUUAUUGUUAAAGUUUUGUCGCACACUAUAAGUAGGCGAAAAAAGUGCUCGGUUGGAUUGAAUAGCCCAUCUAUGAUUAUGUACACACAGCUAUACCUGUAUAGACAAAAAAGAUACAAAAAAGUAAAAAAAAAAAUACAUAAAUAAAAGUAAUGAACUUUUGAUGUUGUGUUUACGACUUGACGUGUGCCUAAAACCGACUGUUCGCGAGCGCGAAGCCGAUAUUUGAAUAAAUAUGUAUUAGGUGUACUUCGCAAGCGUUCUUUUCCUCCAGAAAACAGUAAUUGCACCGCUCGAGAGCUUGAAGACUAUACAAAGAUGAGCAAAUGAUGGUUACAUAGCAUUCCUAAGUAUACAGUACACCAUUUCAAUUUUGUACGAGCAUAUAAUAAGUGUGCGUGCUAACAACGAGUGCAGGCUGAAGACUUUCUGGAAUUUUUCUUUGUGCUAUUGAUACUAAAGCAGCCUUUGAAAAAUUACGGGCAAGUAUAGUCGCCACGGUGAAAGCACAAAAGUAGACAGUCGACGUUGCAUUUGUCGUUCGAGCAGAUUAUAGAGAAACAAAAUCAUAAAAAAAACGUAGCGAAUUAAAUUUUCCUUUUUCUGUUGGACUAUACACACACACACGCGCGCGAGAAAAAAAAACAAAAUAACAGUCUGGAUACAUUAUACAUAUAAUAUACAUGUCUCAUACACAGUCGUUUUUAUGUCUUACCGAUGGCUUUUGUAUACAGUGCGACCGAAGCUUCCGCUCGUGCACCAGUUCUAUGACACAAACACGCGCACAUAUAUAUAUACACACACACUCUCUCUCGUUUUUAUAUACAUAGAUAUAAACGAUUUAUAACUUCCGACUAUCGUAACUUACUCGUAGCUGCGUAGUUGACGCGUACUCGAAAAUAUUGUCAUCGUUAAUAAAUCUUACUGUGCGUAAGAGCGAUAUGCAUCUGCGGAUAUAAUAUAUAGGUACACGGGAUGAAGGCAGAACGUUAAAAAAUAAUCUACACACACUUGGGGGUUAUUUUUUACGUUUUUACGAGCUGCUUUACGUUAUUCACGCUCGCAUUUGUGGCUGGCAUAGAUUUAACGUUCUCUCUUUUUAGCAUUUUGCGAUUGACGUUGUAUUAUAUAACACGCCUACGGUACUGAUCAUCGCAUACUAUAUACACUGAAAAAAAAACACAGUCGUUUCUGCUGUAAAGUCCGGUAGUUUUAACCGUUCUGCCACCGUGACGACUGUUCAGUAAGAACAACGGUGUGCCACUGGUAGUUUUGGCGAGUCGCGACUCGUAAAAUUGGUCGCUUACGCGGGACACCAGCAAAAACGACCAAAUUGAUUCUUUAAAACUGCUGAACUCUACGGUAAUCUUGGCGAGUCUUCGUACAAUGACGGAUUACUGGUGCGAGUUCAGUUAAAAUGGCUGUGUUUUUUUUUCAGUGUACCGGUCUGUUUUUUCACGCGUAGCAGUGCUUGACUCUUUGUAUAAGACGCGCACGACGCUGCAAGUUUUUGAAUGUUUAGGGACAAAUUGUUACGCCAACUUUUACCUUACACGCGAUUCGUCACUUCUUACCUUUAUAUGAAUGUUGAAGAAAGUCAAUUUCCGUCAGCUUUACUCAUGCGUUGAGAGAAAAUAAAAGAAAAACGUAAAUUAUAUGAAAGAAAGCUAAAAAAAGAUCGUACAGCCAAUUUUCGUCUGAAAUACUGCCCGAUUGUGUGCUGCGCUUUUGCGAUUUCCUCGUCGAUCGCGAGAGUAUUAUAUAACAAUAAAAAAAA